GUCUCAUUCUGGCCAUUCUGUUCAAUUUCAGCAUUUCUGUUUCCAACAGCGAGAGUAGUAAGUCGACUCAGUGUAAAAUCAGCUGUGAAACCGGUAAAUUUUUGUACAGUUACUUUUUAUAAUAUAACUACUUUUUUCCGUUGGAACUUUUAUCAUAUCAAAGAUGUCUUGCACCGUACCAGCUGCUCCAGCUCCUCCAGCUCUUAAAGACCUCCCGAAAGUAGCCGACGAUCUAAAAACUCAAUUAGAAGGUUUCAAACCCAGCAAUUUAAAAAACGCCGAUACACAAGAAAAAGUUGUUCUUCCAUCCGCCGAAGAUGUAGCGCAGGAACGUACCCACAACGCUCUUAUGGACGGUGUGGAAAAUUUCCAAACGUCUAAGCUCAAAAGAACAGACACCAAAGAGAAGAUAGUGUUACCUAAUGCACAAGAUGUGGCCGCGGAAAAAACCGAAAAAGCUUUAAUCGAAGGCAUCGAACGUUUCGACACCAGCAAAUUGAAGCACACGUUAACGCAAGAGAAAAAUCCUUUACCGGAUAAAGAAGCCGUCCAACUAGAAAAAACACAUCAAACACUCCUAAAUGGCGUUGAACAUUUCGACAAAAGUACAAUGAAACACACGGAAACCGAGGAAAAAGUAGUUCUACCCGAUAAAGAAGUCAUUGAACAAGAAAAAGGCCAAAAAAAUCUGAUUUCUGGUAUUGAAAACUUCGACAAUUCCAAAUUGAAACACGCGGAAACUUUGGAAAAAAAUCCCCUACCCACCAAGGAGAUCAUUGAUCAAGAAAAGAGCGCUUAAAAAUAUUCAUAUCGCGUCCUGCGGGCUCAAUUCAAUGCCAAUUUUUGUAUUAUUUUAUACUUUUAUAUAAUAUUUGAUACCCCUAUUUAUAUUGUAAGAUAAUAUUUAAGAUCAGAUUCAUCAACGAGACUUUUUAUUCAACAACAAAUGCUACAACAGAAUUUUCAUAAUUUGAUGUUCUCUUUUUAGAAAAUUAGGAAAAAAUAUCUAAUUUGAUGAAAUUACUAGGGUUCAGUUGAAACCGAAUAGUCAUUGAAGCGAUUUGCUUUACUUUUCGACCAAAGUAUACAGAGAUUUAUAUUUUUAGAUGCAAUUUUGUUGUUUUGUAAAAAAUCUAUCUUUUAUUUCGUUUGAUAUUGUAAUCAUUUGUACUUAUUCUGUUUUUACAUUUAUCUGUAGGUCUAGUAUAUCAAAGAAAUUAAUUUUGCAUGAAUUAUGGUGCUUCAAUAAAUCAUAUUAAAAAUAUAAA